AUGGCCUCCCUAUCCCUUCUCUUACUAUUGCUUUCAUGUUCUCUAACACACAUUGCUUCAAUCUCAGAAUCAAAUAACUCCCCAACACCUUUGAGCUAUGCCCCCACUACUAAUUCCUUGCCCACAAACAAAAUUACGAAUGUAAUAGACGCAUGUUGGCGCACCAAAUCAAAUUGGGCCUCAAAUCGCGGUGCUUUAGCAGAUUGUGCUGUAGGCUAUGGCAAAGAUGCAAUAGGAGGGAAAUAUGGUGCAAUAUACGUAGUCACAACAGCUGAAGAUGACCCUGUAAAUCCAAAACCAGGCACACUUCGAUAUGGUGUUAUCCAAACAAAACCUCUUUGGAUCAUUUUUGCCAAGGACAUGGCCAUUACACUCAAGAAUGAGCUCAUUAUGAAUAGUUACAAGACCAUAGAUGGAAGAGGAGCUAAAGUUAAGAUUGCAUACGGGCCAUGCAUUACAGUGCAAGGUGUUAGCCAUGUUAUAAUACAUGGGAUUAGUAUUCAUGAUUGUAAGCCUGGGAAAUCUGGACUUGUUAGGAGUAGUCCAACACAUGUUGGACAUCGUCGAGGCUCAGAUGGAGAUGCCAUUUCCAUAUUUGCAUCUUCAUAUGUUUGGGUCGACCAUUGCUUUCUUUCCCAUUGCACUGAUGGCCUUAUUGACAUAAUUCAUGCUUCAACUGCCGUCACAAUCUCUAACAACUACUUCUCCCAGCAUAAUAAAGUGAUGCUACUUGGACACAAUGAUAAUUUCACUGCAGAUAAAAUUAUGAGAAUUACAAUAGCCUUUAACCAUUUUGGCGCUGGCCUUGUACAAAGGAUGCCAAGGAUCAGGUUUGGAUAUGCCCAUGUAGCCAACAAUAAAUAUGAAGAAUGGCGUAUGUAUGCUAUUGGUGGCAGUUCUAAUCCAACCAUCUUCAGUGAAGGAAACUAUUUUGUAGCUUCUAAUCUUCGCUUUUCCAAUCAGGUUACAAAGAGAGAAGCAAGCAAUGGAUGGAAGAAUUGGAAAUGGAGGUCUUCUAAGGAUGUAUUUCUCAAUGGUGCUUAUUUUGUUCAAUCUGGGUGGGGAAAUUGCGAUCCAUACUACUCUCAAGCUCAAUCAUUUGUGGUUGCUAAUGGAUUAAUGGUGCCUGCUCUGACUUCUAGUGCUGGUCCUUUGAAAUGUGCAUAUGAUAAAGCUUGUUAAUUUGGCUAAGUAUUUUUGUUACAACCUUUUUCCUACCUUCCUCCCUGAAGUAAUAUACAAUAAGCUUCAUUGAAGCAUGUAAAACAUUUAGCACUCGAGAGUAAUUGGAAGGGAACGUGUAUCUGAAGGCUUGUAAUCAAUCAUAAAUAUCAUUUUGAGACUAUCCAAAAUAAGU